GCAGCGCCAGGCUCCCACCGCAUUGCUGCACCACACAAGGUCCAGAGUGAAGCAGCACUCGGGGUCAUUGAUGGUCCCGCACUCGUUGGUUCACUGGCGGUCAAUCGCCUCCUUAUCACUUUUUAAUCGCGACUGCAGUGGCGGCUGUUCCCUCGGGUUACCAGACACUGAAUCGUCUCAUCCACACAGUUUUCAACCACCACACUGCAGGUCAGAGCAAGACUCACUCACUUACCCACUCACCCACACACUCACCACAUUGCAAGUCACUCACUUCUCUUUCUGCUUCUUCCCUCGCACUGCUCCACUCUGGAAUUCCCUUUCCCACCAUCAUCGUCAUCUCUUCCCGCAAAGAUCUUACAACAAUAAUAACCGUGCUUAAUUCAUGAAACGUGUUAACGCUUAUCUAUGACCACUUCAACAGCACUGUUUGUUGCUGACCGCUUGACGUUUUGGCCCUUUGAUAAGCAACUGUGUUAAAAAAUAAUCACAUAUGGGCGAGUGGGUGUUUCUUCGGGUGCGUGGGCAGGUGAAUAGGUAAGUGGGUGGGUAGGUGAGCUAAAGGGUAAGGUCGUGGAUAACUGGGUAGGUUUAUUGGUAGGUGAGCCAGUGGAUGAGUGGGUAGGUGAGUCAGUGGCUGAGUGGGUGUGUAGAUUUAUCAACACUUGCAGGCGAGCUGCUCAGAAACAGCAGCAAGGCGACACUCCAUGUGCCCUGCCCCUACGCGCGUCACGCGUCCACCACACCGCACGCACAAUCCUCUCAGCCUUGUCUCGACCACCAACUCGAAAGAGUUUGUUUCGCUGUUGCUUGUUGGUUCAGCCACAUCAUUCAACUGCUUUGGAGGCGGUGGCCUAGACAAUUACACGGUCGCCCGUUUCUCCUCUCGGUGAUGUUCGUGCCGCGCGGAUUACCCGAGAUUACUCCCGGGUCUCGCAAAGCCGAGGGGAUUUGUUGCUACGCAGUGGCUCAGACAAAUGCUUUGAGCCUUUGGCGAGCGGUGUCGGGGAUGGGAGAAUCGCGGCGCUCGCGAGUGGCCCUCCCCGGCCCUUCUCGCGUCAGCCGGCGGUCCAGGCCCUAACUGAAUCCAAACCAACCGGUGCGGUUUGUCGCUGGCCGCUUUACGCAUUGCGCAUCUGGACCCUGCGCGCAGAAACUGGGGGUCAACAGCAAAUGGCGUAACCGAACGGUUUGGGUUUUUUUUGUUCUGUUAACCAGUUUUCGUAGUGGCACCGUGGAUUGUUGCUCCGGUUCGAGUGUCUGUCAGGCAUGGAGCCCGGUUCGUGACAGAGCAGGGGGGCAGCCGAGGGACGCUGACGGGGAGCGAGUGGCGGUGGAGCGGAUGCGCAGCGCUGGCGGGGGACGCCGAGCGCUGGUGGAAGCCUCGCUGAUGCCAACCAACGAGCCAGCAAGGGUGGACUGCGAGAUGCCGUGCAACUUUUGAAAAGCACAGCAGGAUGGCGUGCGCAGCGACGAGCAGCACAGCGUGGCUCCGCGUCAAGGCGUCCGUGCUGCAGAACCUGCUGCUCAUCCUCUCCGUUAUGUCGGUGAUCGUGGGCUGCCUCCUGGGCUUCCUGCUGCGAGCCAAGCAGCUCUCCCAGCAGGAGAUCCAGUACCUGGCUUUCCCGGGUGAGCUGCUCAUGCGCAUGCUCAAGAUGCUCAUCCUACCCCUCGUCACAUCCAGCCUCAUCUCUGGCCUGGCCGCCCUGGACAGCAAGACGUGCGCCCGCCUGGGCCUGGUGACGGUCUCCUACUAUCUGAGCACCACGCUGCUCGCCGUGGUCAUCGGCAUCGUGCUGGCGUGCGCCGUGCACCCGGGCAGCGCGGCGCAGCGCGACGGCCGCGACCAGGGAGGCCGCAGCCUGCCAAGCUCGGCGGACGCCCUGCUCGACCUCAUACGAAACAUGUUUCCAGCCAACCUCGUGGAGGCAACGUUCCAGCAGUACCGCACCAAUAUGGUUUCCGUGGUGAAGCCGCGAAACGAGACUCCGCACCUCGUGUCACCCAUCACGUCGUCAACAGGCACCACCCUGCCUCCCAACAUCACGAGUGGUGGAGGUGCUGGUAGAGGUGGUGGUCGUAGCAAAUGGGCUCCAACUAAGCGACCAGCCCCCUCACAGCACCAGCAACACCAGCAGCAGCGACAGCAGCGACAGCAUAGCCAGCAGCAGCAGCAGGAGCACCCGGCCAGACACGGAGCGGGCGAUGAGGUGGAGACGAUUGAAGGCCGACCGCACUUCGUGUUUCACGUCGUGGCGGAGGAUGAUGACGACGAUGGUGACGGGGAUGGUGACGACGGCGGCAGCGGCGGUGGAGGCGGCAUUGCCACGGAGAGGGUGCUGGUGGAGAUGGUUACGCUGCCGCCCCGCGUGUAUUACCGGAGCGUCCCGGGCACCAGCGCGGGAAUGAACGUCCUGGGAAUCGUCAUCUUUUCAGCCACCAUGGGGGUGAUGCUCGGCAAGAUGGGACACAACGGCUUGCCGCUUGUCACGUUCUGCCAGUGUCUCAACGAGGCUGUGCUGCGCAUUGUAUCCGUCACUGUGUGGUACUUCCCGCUGGGCAUCGUGUUCCUGGUGGCCGCCAAGGUGCUGGAGAUGGACGACCCAUCCCAGCUGGGCCGGCGCCUGGGCCUCUACUCGGCCACGGUGGUGGCGGGGCUGGUGCUGCACGGCCUUGUCGUGCUGCCCUGCAUCUACUGCGCCGUCACUCGCCGCAACCCCGUGGCCUUCGUGCGUGGCAUGCUGCAGGCCCUGCUCAUUGCGCUCGCCACCUCCUCCAGCUCGGCGACGCUGCCCAUCACGUUCCGCUGCCUGCUGGAGAACAACCACAUCGACCGUCGCAUCGCACGCUUCGUGCUGCCGGUGGGGGCCACCAUCAACAUGGACGGCACUGCACUAUACGAGGCCGUGGCGGCCAUCUUCAUCGCCCAGGUCAACGGCUACGAGCUGGACCUCGGCCAACUCGUCACCAUCAGCAUCACGGCCACGGCAGCCAGCAUCGGCGCCGCCGGGAUUCCACAGUCGGGCCUCGUCACGAUGGCCAUCGUGCUCACGUCCGUGGGGCUGCCCAGCGAGGACAUCUCCCUCAUCGUCGCCGUCGACUGGGCGCUGGACCGGUUCCGGACUAUGGUGAAUGUUCUGGGUGACUCCCUGGGAGCCGGGAUCAUAUCUCACAUCUGCCGCAAGGAGUUCCAACAGCUGGACGGGGGACAACGGAUCGUGGAGUUGAAGAGCAUGAGGCUGCCCCACGUCGCGAUGCAGCGCAAUGGCGCGGUGAUCCCAGGGGUCAAACUGCCCCGCCGAGCGGCCACCUACCCCCGGCACGGCCGCCAUAGCGGCGGCGAUGGCGGCGGCGGUGACAGCGGUGGCGGUGCAUGCACUGGGACGUGGCUGCCGGCGAGCCCCCGCGAUCCCCGGUCACGCUCGUGCCGCGCGGCCACACUGCGCCGCGAGUACUGGAGGUCGCGCUGCGGCGUGGGGAAUAGCAGCGGCAGCACCACCAGCAUCCGCACCUCACGGGCAGCGGGGGCUGCUGGGGUAGCGGGAGGAGGCAGAGGAGCGGGGGAGGCUGUGGACGAGUGCGAGGACCGGACGACGAGAGGCGGCGAGCGAGCGGACGCGUGCGUCGUCAUCGACAUGAAUGGUGAUGAUGACGAUGAUGACGUCGUCGUGGUCAUCGACUCGUCAGAAGACACCGACUCGGAGUCCAUCCUGUGAACUAUGAACUCCCCAUGGGGCGGGGGGGGCGUUGAGGAGAUCGGUUGUGUAGAUCGGGUUAGACAUCGGGCUUAGGGUGAGUGUCUGGCUGGCUAGUGUCUGGUUAGUGGCAUACUUCUCUGAUUUUUCAGAUGUUGUUGUGGAGAAUAUAAGUAACCCAAUAACUCUGUAGAAAAUUUGCCUCCUUAACAUAUGUUUCCCUCCACAUAAACAUUAAAAGUAGUUUUUACAAAUCCCAUCAGCCACGCUGCCUUCCGAGAGUCGAUCAUUUCAGUGGCAUUGAUCCAGUACGAAAUAACGUUCAGACAGGUUUAAACACUGCGUGUCUCAUCAGCACAUUCAGGGUUGUUUGAACCAGUGCUGGUGAACUGCCAGAUGUUUGUAGGCAAGGACCCUGUCUGUUCAUAACGAGUCACAGCCACGCCUGUGUUGAACCGCAAGACUUUUCAAUCUACCAAUGUUGUUCCAUGUGACGAUGAAUUAAAAUUAAGGUUUUUUUUACCGCAUAACAAAAAACUUUCAAAAACCAAACCAAUAAAAUAUGAAGUGCUUUUUGUAAAACGUAUAAAUAUUCUACUGUGCUGUUCUCGCUGUGUCUCUCUGUGUGUUUUUGUGUAUAUACAUGUGUGUGUGGGGAGUAGUCGUGCAUCGGUUAACGCACUGCGCUACGAACCCGUCCACCCAAGUUCGAUUACUGCUCACGGCCAACAUCAGUGACGAAUAUCCGAACCGGUACUGAGCCUCCCCUGGGUCGACUCAGCCUUAAAUGAGUACCUGCUGGGGCUUGUAAACCUCAGCAACAGGGAGAGACAAAGGUGGUCACAGGCCGGGCGCGGUUCCGCCCACAACAUUUCCUCGUAGGUGCCGCGCCGUGACGGCCUUCGUAGGCACUCGCUUAAAGAUGCUGCCUCAACAGUCUGUGUGGGCUACACGGGGGACCUUUGUCUUUGUGCCUGCCCACACACGCACGGCAUUCACUGUCAUGGUCAGUCACCGCGUCACUCCCACUGUGUUCGUGCGGCUGUCACAGAGAUUGAUGUACGGACAACGUCUCCAUUAAACGCGUUUCUU